AUGGCGUCUACAGUUUUGCACGACAUGUCUCUUGCUGCGAAGGACACACUGCAGGAUACUGCGUGCGACCCGCACUGGGCGGAGGUCUCGCUGGUGACUCUGAUCGAGCAGAACAAGCUUGUAUUCGUUCCAGGGGCCGUUUCCGUUGAAGAAGCAUUCAACACUCUAGUGAAGAACCAUUUGAACUCUAUCCCCGUGGAGGCGUACCCGGGGGACAUGGAGUGUCUGACGUUCGACUACAACGACUUGAACUCGUACCUGCUUCUCGUUUUGAACAAAAUUCAAGUGAACAACCAUGCGGUGACGGAGGACUGUCAGAAUGGGAAGCCCGUGCCCGUGGGGGAGAUUGUUAAGUUGACCCCGAAGAACCCGUUUUACAAGUUGAGAGAAUCGCAAUCUUUGACGAGCGUGAUGAAGAUUUUGGGGUCUGGGGUGCACCGCGUUGCAAUCACAAACGACGAGAUGACUAUCGUUAAGGGGAUCCUCUCGCAGCGAAGACUCGUCAAGUACCUGUGGGACCACGCAGCGCAGUUCCGUUCGCUGGAGCGUCUGUUCAAUUACACUUUGCAGGACUUGCAAGUUGGUGUCUUGAACUCGGAGUUCUACCAACCGACCUCUCGCCAAUCGAGAGUCAUCUCUAUUAACGGGGAGGAACCCUUGGUCAUGGGACUGUACAAGAUGCACAUCGAGCGGAUCUCGUCGAUCGCAGUUAUCGACAACCAGCAUAACCUGCUGGGGAACAUCUCCGUCGCCGAUGUCAAGCACGUCACUCGGACCUCGCAGUACCCUCUCCUCCACAAGACUUGCCGCCACUUCAUCUCCGUGAUCCUCAACUCUAGGGGACUCGAGACGGGGAAGGACUCCUUCCCAGUGUUCCACGUGUACCCUACUUCGUCCCUGGGGAGAACUCUGGCCAAGUUGGUCGCUACUAGGUCCCACAGACUCUGGAUCGUGCAACCACCAGAGGGAGCCCUCAGCGCGCAGACGACGGGGAACUCGCUCUCCUCUGCGACGUCACAGCUGAUGUUCCAAGGCGCGGGGGAAGCACAAGAGAACGGAACCGCUACGACAGCGGGCACCACUACGGCAACGGGACCGGGGAGUAUCCACUCGGCGACCGCAGGAGCAACGUCGCCCAACCUCUUCGAGAAGGAGUACCGCUCGGGCAAACUCAUCGGUGUCGUGUCCCUCACGGACAUCAUCAACCUCUUCGUCCGCAUGACCAUCGACAGCACAGAGGUAGAUCCGCAGACGGCCAGAAGAGAGCGCGGAAGCGUCGUGUGA